CACGACCUUGGGGUCCCGGUAUCACACCUUGGGGUCCCGGUAUCACACCUUGGGGUCCCGGUAUCGCACCUUGGGGUCCCGGUAUCACACCUUGGGGUCCUGGUAUCACACCUUGGGGUCCUGGUAUCACACCUCGGGGUCCCGGUAUCGCACCUUGGGGUGCCGGUAUCGCACCUUGGGGUCCCGGUAUCACACCUCGGGGUCCCGGUAUCGCACACCAGGUCCCGGUAUCACACCUUGGGGUGACGGUAUCGCACCUUGGGGUCCCGGUAUCACACCUUGGGGUGCCAGUAUUGCACCUCAGGGUCCCGGUAUCGCACCUUGGGGUCCCGGUAUCACACCUUGGGGUGCCAGUAUCACACCUUGGGGUCCCGGUAUCACACCUCGGGUCCCGGUAUCGCACCUUGGGGUCCUGGUAUCACACCUUGGGGUCCCGGUAUCACACCUUGGGGUCCCGGUAUCGCACCUUGGGGUCCCGGUAUCACACCUCGGGGUGCCAGUAUUGCACCUCAGGGUCCCGGUAUCGCACCUUGGGGUCCCGGUAUCGCACCUUGGGGUCCCGGUAUCACACCUCAGGGUCCCGGUAUCACACCUCGGGGUUCCGGUAUCACACCUUGGGGUCCCAGUAUCGCACCUUGGGGUCCCGGUAUCACACCUCGGGGUCCUGGUAUCACACCUCGGGGUCCCGGUAUCACACCUCGGGGUCCCGCUAUCGCACCUUGGGGUCCCGGUAUCACACCUUGGGGUGCCGGUAUCGCACCUUGGGGUCCCGGUAUCACACAGCACCGGGAUGGUUCUAACAACCCCCCCAUUAAUAGGCCGCUGGUUCCGUGCCGUACUUCGGGACUACACGGAGGCGCUUUGGGACACGCUGCGUUGGGCCCGGCGCCGUCCGGUGGCUGCGGGAUCCGUGUUGGUAUCAAUGGGGGGAGCUGUGGCCGCCAUCAGAACCGUCCCGGACCGACGUUCAUUCGACGCGGCGCUGCUGGACGCCGCAUCCGCGCUGCUGCUGCUGCCCCCCAACACUCGGAACAUGGCGACCGAACGUCACGUCCAACGGCUUCAACGGCGCCGGGACCGCGGGCAGCUCCGGUACCGGCAGCUGGUGCUGCUGGCCGUGCUGUACGAGGAGCCGCACGACGCCGCCGUGGCGCUGUACGGAGCUCGGUGUCCCCACGUACGGCCCCGGUGGAAGCGGGUGUGGGACGUGGGGUUCGCCGGGCGCUGGUGGGUGCUGGAGGCGAAGCUCCAGGACUGUGACAUUAACGAUGAGGAGUUCGCGGCUCUGCCCGACGCCCUGCAGCGGGUCCGGCCCGAGCAGCUCCACAGCGACGGCACCGAGCGGCUCCGGGAGCGACGGGAACGACCCACAGUGCUGAUGCCACGGGGAGAUGAUGGGGACUGAGCGGGGCAACGCGCCGGGAGGGUGGGACUGGCCGCUAUCGGUACCGGCGGUUAUUGGUACCGGCAGCUAUCGAUACCAGCGGUUAUCGGUACCAGCAGCUAUCGGUACCAGCGGUUAUCGGUACCAGCCGCUAUCGGUACCGGCGGUUAUCGGUACCGGCAGCUAUCGAUACCAGCGGUUAUCGGUACUGGCAGCUAUUGGCACCGGUGGCUCUUGGUACCGGCAGCUAUCGAUACCAGCGGUUAUCGGUACCAGCCGCUAUCGGUACCAGCGGUUAUCGGUACCAGCAGCUAUCGAUACCAGUGGUUAUCGGUACCGGCAGCUAUCAAUACCAGUGGUUAUCAGUACUGGCCGCUAUUGAUACCGGCGGCUGUUGGCACCAGCCACUAUUGGUACCAGUGACUUUCAGAACCGGCGGCUCCUGGUACCAGCAGCUAUCAGGACCAGCAGCUCUUGGUACUGGCCGCUAUCGGUAUCAGUGGCUCUCAGCACCAGCGGUUCUUGGUACCGGCGGCUCUCAGAACCGGUAGCUCUCGGCACCAGUGGCUCUCAGUACUGGCAGCUAUUGGCACCGGUGGCUCUCGGUACCGGCAGCUCUCGGUACCGGUGGCUCUUGGCACCAGCGGCUGUCGGUACCAGCGGCUGUCAGCACCGGCAGCUAUUGGGACUGGUGUCUCUCGGUACCGGCUGCUAUUGAUACCGGCAGCUCUCAGGACCAUCAGCUAUCGGUACCAGCAGCUCUCGGUACUGGUGGCUAUCGGUACCGGCGGCUAUUUGUCAGUACUGGUAGCUCUUGGUACUGGUGGUUCUCGGUACCAGCAGCUCUCAGUACUGGCAGAUAUUGGUUCCGGCAGCUCUCGGUACUGGCUGCUAUCGGUAUCGGCGGCUCUCGGUACCGGCGGUUCUUGGUACCGGCGGCUAUUAGCACUGACAGCUAUCGGGACCGGCAGCUGUCUGUUGGUACCGGCUGCUAUCGGUACUGGCCGCUGUUGACAUCGGCGACUCUCGGUACCGGCGGCUAUAGGGACCGGUGGCUCUCGGUACCGUCGUUUGUUUGUCGGUACCGGCCGGUGUUGGACAUUACAGUGCAUUCAUUGACCCACUGAGCGCUGCAGCCCAGUGCUGCUUUCAGCCCUCCAUAAACGAGAACCCCAAAUCUGC